AUGGAGACCUUGAGAGUGGAGGUGAACAUGUCUGUGGAUGAAGGGGCAGCAAAGGCCCCAGGAUUGCAGAAGGGAGAGCACAACACCCCCAACGUCAAAUUGUGGACAGAUCUGGGGGGAACAAAAGCCCCACACCUUGUAUGCAUCAAGGGGAUUGGAGAAUCACAAGUUACGGUCUAUCCAUGGCAGGUGAAACAUGAACCAGAAGAGGAGCUUCAGGAACGCUGGGAAGCCCAGUGGCAGGAGUUCCUCAAGACGUUGCAGGCCCCUCACUCAGGAUGGGGGAAUCAUCAGGUAUCAGAGGGGCCCUCCCCAUGGGAGGAUGCUACGGCCUUCCUGGCCUCCUUUGAGCAAGUAGCCUCAGCCUGCCGGUGGCCUCUGGACAAGUGGGUGACUCUGCUCUUGCCAGCCCUCAGCGGAGAGGCCCAGCAGGCCUUCAGCAGCCUCAGUGCCCAGGACAGGGGAGACUAUUGGAAGGUGAAGGCAGCCAUCUUGCAAGGGGAGUCCACCUUGAGGGAGAAGCAGCGCCAGCACUUCAGGCAGUUCUGCUACCAGGAAGUGGAGGGGCCCAGAGGCGUUUACGGCCGGCUGAGGGAACUUUGCCGCCAGUGGCUGAGAGCGGAGAGACACACCAAGGAGGAGAUCUUGGAGCUGCUGAUCCUGGAGCAGUUCCUGACCGUCCUGCCCCAGGAUAUGGAGAGCUGGGUGAGGGAAGGCAGGCCUGAAACCUGCGGCCAGGCAGUGGCCUUGGCAGAGAAUUUCCUGUUGCAGAAGCAGAACACGGUGAAACAGGAAGGAGAGGUGAGGGGUGUUCAAUGCUGGUCAUUCUGGUGGUCCUGGAAGGUGGAUUCAGAAGAGAGUGGCUGCCCCGAUUUUUGCAUUACUUUAUUGGUGCCAAUCCAGUUACAGCUCAGAUGGUUAGAUAAAUGGCAUUGGAGUUGAAGAGAUACUGUUGCCACUAGCAUUUUAGAUCAGAUUUUUGCAGCUAGCUUUCUGGGGUUAUGGUGGAGUCAGCUGGGAUAAAGUUCCUCUAUGGAAACAGGAAUACAAGAAUAUACCAAGUCAGGCUCAGUACUGCUGACAAGUGACUGGCAGCAGCUGUAGAGAUGACCCUCCUGCACGUUAUAUACCACUUUAAACAGCCAUGGCUCCCCUCCCCCCCCAGAAUCCUGGGAAGUGUAGUUUGUUAAGGAUGCUGAAAGUUGUUAGGAGACCUUAUUCCUCUACAAUUCCCAGAGUUCCCUGGGAAGAGGGACUGUUAGUUAAACCCUCUGGGAAUGGAUUAAUUCUGUGAAGGAAACAGGGCGUCUCCUAACAACAUUCUGCAUUACCUGUAGUCUCUCGACCAAGUGCAAGGGAACCCCAUACUGAGUGGAUUUUUUGAGGAGAAACCAAAUAUUUGCCUCUCUUGGAGCACUAAUGCCUUGAUUUUUCUUUAAUUGCAGCUUCAGAUGUCUCGACCUCAGGGGAUCAUAACGGCUGUGGAUUCCUCUGAGGCCAGCCAGGUCUUGCCCUUGGACACCUGGCAGAGGCAGGUUUGCCAGGCUACUGAACAGGCGAGAAAAGGAGGUAAGGACACAAGGGGUAAGACUCAGGUUGCAUCAGAAUGAUGGAAAUUUGAUUGAAUGUUGUAUCUAAGGAAGUCAUACUGUUGGCGCAAGGACUUCCACCUGUGCCAUGGGACUUCAUCUGCUCUCUAGAGAUGAGAAGGCCUGGGGGAGGGAUAGAAAAAUGGGGGGACCCAGUUUUGCUUUAAUUUUAAAUGUGACGGGCACCACAUUCUGCUUAUUCUUGUAGCUGAUGGGCAAAUGCGCAAGAACAAGAUGAAGGAGCCUCAUCAUGGAUGUUCUGUGCAGGUGGCACCAGAAAAGCGCUCCUUAGGAAGAGGCGACAUAUUCCAGUAUCACGACGAGGCCGCAAGUCUUCAGAUUCUGCGAGAGUCGGAAAGGGAGCAGGGAAAGGAUGCGACAAAGAGUUUUGCCGAAACCCUUUCUUGUUUGGAAGGGGGCUCUCGGAGGCAAGUGGCCAUAGCCCAGAAUAACCCCCUGCAUGGCAAGGGAGAAAAGGCCCAGAGUGACCUCAGAGGAGACUCCAGGUGGAGCUCAGACAUUCGCAUAAUCCACCUGGUUGAGAAACCAGGGCAAUUGCAGUACCGAGUGGAAACCUUUGGUGAAAGCUCAACCCUUUUGGCAAGUGAGAGAAGCCCCCAGGGAGAGAAGACGCAUAAGUGCACCUACUAUGGGAGGAGCUUCUGUCAUAGUGCAAGUCUUGCAGCACACGAGAGAAUCCACACAGGUGAGAAAAUGGGUGCGUGUCAGGCUAUAAGCUGCAUUCGCUGGGCAGGAGAACUCCAUGGGUGUCUGAGCAGAUUGGGGGCUGAAUUGAAGGAAGUCCCCAUUGCCAUCCCUGGCAGAUCCAGAUAAAAGGAUCUGGGGUUUUUUCCUGUCCCUGAAACCCAUCCUUAACUGCACUGCCACAGGAAUAUUCAAUACACGGCUAAGGUAAACUGUUAGUCUCACUUGAUAUAAAGUUGCUUAGCAAUGUCUGGGUUCACACUGACCCAUUUGCAACGCAAAAAUGUAGUUUUUCUCAUUCCAGAGUCAUUCAUGCUCGUCCUCAGCAUGCAGAUGGAACAGGUGAUUGCAAUCUUGGUAUACAUCCAUGGCUGCUAUUUUUUAAUUGUUAUUUAAAUAUAUUGGUUGCUUUGUUAACCUAGGUAACUCAAAGUGAAUUACAAUAUAUAAAAAUGCAAACACGUACAUUGAAAUAAAAAACAAAACAAAGACAAUCUAAAAGACAAUCCUGUUUUUAUAAGACAGGAUUAAAACAUUCCACCAGGUCAAGUUGGCCACAGAUAAUUAAGAACCAAAGGCCUGGCAAAAAAGACAUGGGUUUGCCUGGUGCCCAGAGCUAUGUAAUGAUGGUGCCAGGCAAGCCUCCCCAGGGAGAGCAUUCCACAAGUGGGGAGCCACCACCGAAAAGGCCCAUUCUCAUGUUGCUACCCUCCAGACCUCCUGAGGAGGGGGCACACAUAGGUCACGAUGAUUCUUUACUUGCUCUGUUGUUGCUUUUCUUGUCUUGUGAGACCCUUUGGACACAUUUCUGUGGAAAAGCAGCAUGCAAAUUUAAUGGGUCUCCUCUCGGUGGGACUAGUAUUGGAUGCAACACAAUGUCUUCUUGUCUUGAUGGCUACCUCAGGAUAGGACUAGAACUAGAUACAAACUAAUAAUUAAAAUAAUGUGGAAAACGGGUGAAGAUACAGAUUUUUCCUUCUUUGGGACAGAGAACAUUUUUGCUUUAGUUGGGGUUGGACUAGAUGACCUGUGGGGUUCCUUCCAAUUCUACAAUUCUGUGAUUCCAUGUUUAAAUUCGAGGAACAGGACAGAGAUUUGCAGCUGUUGGAAACUCUUAGCCAGAGGAAGGAUUUCACAUCAAGGUUCUUUUUUUAUAUAUACACAUCCAGGAGCACUUGAAACCGCGGGACAUCGCCUUCAGCAGGAAAGCUCAGAACAACUGGAGCUAAGACAGUUGAGAAGAGGCAAGGUUUCGCGUCAUGGCAAAGAGGGAGUGAGGCCUGCGGGUCAGCAGGGGAUCAGGCCAGAGAGGAACGUGGAUGGAGCUCUUCCCAGUAAAGGAGGCGACUUGGGGUGGGAAGAGGGCAACGGUCACCAGAGGCUCCACCACUGCCAUUGCGGAAGGAGCUUCAAGUACCGCUGCAACCUGAAAGCCCACGAGCGGACCCACACGGGAGAAAGGCCCCACAAGUGUUUGGACUGUGGGAGGAGCUUCGGCAAGGGUUCCACGCUCCGGGCUCACGUGAGGACUCACACCGGGGAGAAGCCGUACAUGUGCUCCACCUGCGGGAAAAGGUUCACGACCAGGUCGGGCCUCCUGACCCAUGAGAGAAUCCACACAGGGGAGAGGCCCUAUAAGUGUUCGGACUGCGGGAGGAGCUUCAUCCAGAAGUCCUGCCUUCUGGCCCACGAGAUAAGCCACAAAGGAGAGAAGUCGUACAGCUGCUCCGAUUGCGGGAAGAACUUUGGGCACAGCUCAGGCCUUCGUGUGCAUCGGAGAAUUCACUUGGGAGGGAGAACCACGGAGAAGCUCUGA